AUGUCAUUCUUCAGUAGAUCGAACAAGUCAGCUUCUUCAUCUUCCUCUUCCCUUGCUAAGCAGGCGAAACCCAAUGCUACCUCUGAGAUCUUCACUGAGCCAAGUCAAGAGAGCAGCGUGAAGAAAAAAUGGGAUUACAACGAAGGGCAAUUAAAACAGUUCACAUCAACCCUCCUCCUUCCGGAGACAGACCCAUAUUACCCUUGGGAACUUCGAUUCCUCAAUGAUCCAGGAACACACCCUCGAUACAUGCGAGCAGCCAAGUGGAAGAUGGACGACGCGAAGAAGAGGAUUCAGGGGACAUUGGAAUGGAGGAGGGAGUAUAAACCUGAGUUGAUCAGUCCGGAUGAUGUGGGCGUAGAAGCUGAGACGGGUAAAAUUAUCCUAACCGGUUUCGACAACGAUGCUCGACCUAUCUUGUAUAUGAGACCGGGACGAGAGAACACGGAGAGAAGUCCAAGGCAAAUUCGACAUUUGAUUUAUCAUCUCGAAAGAGCUAUCGAUUUCAUGCCUCCUGGACAAGAACAAGUAGCCAUUAUCGUAGACUACAAAUCAGCUACUUCUCAAUCUAACCCCUCUAUCGCCGUCGCAAGACAAGUACUGAACAUCUUGCAAAAUCACUAUGUGGAGAGAUUAGGUAGAGGUUUAGUGGUGAACAUGCCCUGGUGGAUCAACGCUUUCUUCACUGGUAUUUCACCUUUCUUAGAUCCCAUCACGAGGGAUAAGAUCCGAUUCAACCCAAAACUCACCGAACUCGUACCAGCCGCGCAAUUGGACUCCGAGUUUGGCGGUGAUUACGUUUUUGAAUUUGAUCAUAAACCAUACUGGAAGACCAUUACCGAAUUCUGCCACAUCGCCUCAGACGGAACGAGAAUCGACGAUCAAGGCGAGAAGAUUUACCCACCUUCAGGGAACGGUAUCAAAGCUGCCAUCGAGGGGUUACAUCCAGUCAAGGGAGCAGUGGCAACCGGUCAAGUCGAGAAAGUAGAUGAUCUGAGCGUAUUGAAACAACCUACUCCUCCUCCCACUUCUACACCUCCCGCCGCGGAUGCAGCUGCCAAUGGAGCUGCUGUUGUAGCUUCAGGAGAAACAGCCGAGAAAGAAGGAAGUGAGAAAACUCUAACUGAAGAAAACACCACAAACACAAACACAGGUGGAGGAUUAGAGGAUGGCGUCAAGCGGAUGAGUUUGAAUAGAGCUCUGACCACUGCACCUGGUGCGCCGGAAGGUGAUGCGGUAUUUGAUCAUCCGCCUACGCAAAGUGAGCUGAAGGAAGCUAGACAGAGCUUGGAGGGUAGAUAG